AUGGUAGAUAUCAUCGGUAGCUGUGUGAUUGGUUCGCAGAAUUUAUGCAUUAAUAAUUUUUCAUCUCUACCAUGUGGACAUACAUUUCACUAUAAGUGUGUCAUGCGAUGGCUUCUUUACUCCGAACAGUGUCCUACUUGUCGUGCACACACAUCAGCAAGGAAUAUCGUGAAACGUUUAUACUUCGCUAACUGUGAUGAUAAAGCUAUGAAUGGUGUUGGAACUUCAGGAAUUGCUGCUGUUACGGAUUAUAAUAAUAAAUCUGCUUCGACAGCAAAUAUGAAUGAUAGUGCCUGCCAUGGUAAUGCUGAAAGUUAUAACAAUAAUAGUGGUUACGACAGUGACUCUGAAGAUGGAGUGAACAGAACUGAUGAUGAUUUCACAGAUAGUAAUAGUGCAAAUAUGGAAAAUAAUGAUUCUAUAACAGAAUCGGAAGAGGAAAAUGAAGAAGAGCUGAAAUAUCAAGAGACAGUUAGUGAUGCUGAUAUGGUGAGCGUAUUAGAUGUAUCAGGUAGUGUGACAUCAUCUGAUUCACUUGAAACAUUUUCCGAAUCAUUCAGCGAAAUUGAUGAUGCAGCGAGUGUCUCUUCCGUGGACCAUGACAACAUGGAAAUAUCUGAGUUGUUAGACGAUCAUGGAGAAGUCAGUAAUGAUGAUGAUAACAUAUAUACUUCACUCUUGUUAAUUGAACAUAUUGGUAGUGAUAGCAGUGAUGAUGAUGAUAGUUGUAGCAGUGGUGAUAGCGAUGAUAAUAACGAUGAUUGUGAUCUUACACAACUAUGA